GUUUAAGUGUUGUGCUAACAGCUACAAACAGAUAGCAUCAGAUCUCCCGCGGUGAUGAUGAUGGAGUCCACAGAGAGCAGGUUCGCUCACCUGCUGCAGCCAAUCAGAGAGCUCACCAAGAACUGGGAGAUCGACGUGGCGUCCGAGCUCAACGACUACUUAGAGGAGCUGGAUGAGAUGUGCAUCACCUUUGACGGCGGUAAAAUCCGACUGAACUUUGCAGAAGCUGCUCUGCUCAUUCAGGGUUCCACCUGCAUCUACAGCAAGAAGGUGGAGCUGCUGUACAGUCUGGUCUACCAGACUCUGGAGUACAUCAACGACAAAAACAAAAAACGCAACAAACAGGCCUCGUCUACACCAGGCGGAGAUGGACCGGCGAGAAACGACGAGGACGACGUGGCCGAGUUCACCUCGUUGGAUCUGGAAGUGUCAGAAAGCAGCCAGACGUGUGACCCCGGCACGACUGUGGAUGUGAUUCCUCUUCCUCCUGAGAGUCUGAUUCCUCCUGAAGCCCAUGAGAAACAGAAGCUGCCUCUCAUCAGUGUGAAAGGAGAGAUCGUCUGCAGUCAGAAGGACUUCAGGAUCAACCUCUUCAUCCCACGUGAGGAUCUCAUCCUGCUCACGCACAGACCGGCUGGCUCCACAGAUCUUCACCUUCAUCUUCCUCAAAACGAUGAGUUCCAGCAGCAGCAGCAAGCAGAGGCUGAGGGUGAGUUUGGAGGAGGAGCAGCAGGUGGAGGAGACGAUGCCGCAGACGGCUUCCCUCCUCUGGAGGAGAACCACAUGGAGCUGGAGGUGGAGGAGCACAUCGACCGGCAGCAGGCUCAGAGCGAGGGCCGGAUGGUUCGAGAGCGACGGCAGGUGGAAGCAGACAAGAGACCAGCGCCUGAGACUCCUCCUGCUGUGAACGUCUGGGCGUUCCACGACCCAUACGCCACCAUCGAGGAGGACAGACCCUUCAAAUCAGAGAAAUGUUACAAGGUUCCCGACGGGCUGGAGGACGGCGGGAAGAGGAAACGGAGACGAGCUGCGCUGCAGGACUUCAGGAGCUGGUUCACAGGGACCUUCUGUCCGUCUGAGCACAAGUUAAAAAAUGGACCCAAGUUCACAGACCUGAACUACAUGUAUGUCAGCACAAUGAAGCACAGGCUGAGGACUCAGAGGAGGAUUUACAGGAAGACCGGUGUGGUGAUCUCUGAGGAGGAGCUGAGGAGGACCCUCCUGCAGCCCGAGGAGGCGGGGCCACAGCAGGAGGGGGAGGGGCCUGUGGAGGCCGCCCGCUGCGACCUGCUGGGUGGAGACGACGACGCGUCCGACGCAGAGCUCGAAGGUUUUCCAGACGACGUUCCCGCAGAGCUGGGAGGAAACGACGUCGUCUCAGCAGAGCCCCUCAGAGACGAGCUGAGCUAUGAAGACCUGGUGAAGCUGAGAGUGGAGCAGCUGGUCGUCAGCAGUCGAGGUUACACUCGGGAGACGUCUCUGUCCCGACGGGUCAAAGACUGGGAGGACAAGAUCCGCCCGGAGCUGGACCUGCAGGAGCAACGGCCAGUGUUCGACAUCCACGAGUACGGCGGACGGAUCGUAGACUCACUGAGCAGCGUCGGCCACCGCAGGGCCUUCUCCUCCAUCGUUCACGGUUUGGACAACUAUGAGGCCUGCAAGUACCUGCUGUCUUCACUGCAGCUGGCCAACGACUACACGGUGGAGAUCGACAGCGCCGUCGGUCUGGAGGACAGUUUGGACUCGAUGGGUUUGACCCUGCUGAGCACGGACAGAGCGACGGACAGAUUCAAAACUCUGACAGCCUCCUGAUCAAAACCUCCAUCAAUCAUAUUUUUAUCCUGCUGAGGGAAACUUUGGCCUUUUUUUAAAUGUACUGACUCAUUUUUAUAUUGUGAAGUCAAUUAAUUAAAUGCUGUAAAGUUUUUUUCUGAUGGAUUUUCUCAAAGUUGUUUUGUGGUGAAACUUGG